CAGUGCUUAGAAGUGAACCCCAAAUGCGAGUACAAUGCGGUCAAUGCCUCUGAGGCUAAGCUGUUGUUACUCCAGUCACAGACGCGCCAGACUACCGGUCCCUCUCAGACCCAACAGCAACGGUUCGAGCGGUUGAUUGCCGGCACUCCUCAGCCCAUUACCACAAAUAACAAGUUUUCGUCGCCAAGUCCUACACAAACGUCCGGCGCUCGUAGUAACCGGAGCUCUGUAUUGAGUUUGACGCCGACCUCCUCGAGAGGCGGUUCAUUAGGGCGCCGGCAGUUGAUUAGUCCCGCGAAACCUGUUGUGCAGACAGUCAUCGAUUUGGACGAUGAGGAGGACGAUCAGCAGACUAGUGGUGAGGGCGCCGGCAGUGGUGGUGAGGACUUAACUUCUGUGAUAUUCGCGUACCCGGAGGGCGAACAUAAUGCCAUACAUCUGGUGGGGACAGACAUCUCAUGUCUCAACAAAGGAGAGUUUAUUAACGAUAAUAUCGUUAACUUUUUCCUGAGAUAUUAUGUGAAUGAGAUACUGGCGCCCGAAGUGAGGGACAGGACCCAUAUUUUCGACACAUUAUUCUUCAUACAGUUGACGGAAAAGCGCGGACCC